AAGUGCAAAUCCAUCAUAUCCUCAUCUAUUCUUCUCUUCUUCUCAACCUUUAAACUCGGUGUUCGAUCCCUUAAAGCAGCAAGCAAUGGCGCCGACUAACGGGUUCGUAGAGGAAAGCCAGACAGUGAUCCCACGAGCUGGCCCUGCUGUAGCCUCAAUUCUAGCAAUUGGCACAUCCAAUCCUAGCAACUACUUCAAUCAAGCUGAAUAUGCUGAUUAUUACUUCAGAGUCACUAAUUCUGAGCACAUGACGGAAUUAAAAGAGAAGUUCAAGCGUAUUUGUGAGAAAUCAUUGAUAAAGAAACGGCACAUGAGGUUGACGGAAGAUAUCCUCAAAGCAAACCCAAGUAUCUGUACCUACGAUGGUCCAUCAAUUAAUGAACGUAUGGAUCUAAAAAUUGUGGAGAUGCCAAAGCUUGGUGAAAGCGCAGCAAUAGAGGCCCUCAAAGAGUGGGGCCAACCGAAAUCAAAAAUUACCCACAUCAUCGUCAAUUCCACUUCUGGAGUGGACAUGCCUGGCGCCGAUUAUCAGUUGAUCAGGUCGCUUGGCCUCAAUACAUCCGUCAAGAGAGUCAUGCUCUACCACCAAGGUUGCUUCGCCGGCGGCACCGUCCUUCGCAUUGCAAAGGACUUGGCCGAGAACAACCCUGGAGCACGUGUUCUCGUUGUUUGUUCUGAACUCACCAUCCCCACUUUCCGCGGUCCCUCGGAGGAAGACAGUGCUUCUCUUGUCGGCCAAGCAAUCUUCGCUGAUGGUGGGUCGGCUGUAAUCGUCGGUGCCAACGUACCCGAUGAGGGCUCCGUCGAAAGACCAUUGUUUCGGCUUGUUUCAAAUUCACAAGUUAUUCUUCCUAACUCAGAAAACACAGUAGGGGGACAUUUACGUGAUUGCGGACUCACAAUUGUAUUGUCUCCGGAAGUGCCGAAGCUAAUUGGCAAAAACAUUCUGACAUGUUUGGAAGAAGCAUUUACCCCAUUUGGAAUUAGUGAUUGGAACUCACUAUUUUGGGUGCCACAUCCCGGCGGGGCUGCCAUUUUGAGGGCGAUUGAAGAGAAAGCUGAGCUAAAGAAGGAGAAGCUUAAGGACACAUGGAAUGUGUGGAGCGAGUAUGGAAAUAUGUCAAGUGCAACUGUGUUUUUUAUCCUGAAUCAGAUGAGGAAGAGGUCGUUGGAGGAGAAAAAGAGCACCACUGGUGAUGGAUUGGAGUGGGGAGUUCUUCUUGGGUUCGGGCCGGGACUCACAGUGGAGACAGUGGUGUUGCAGAGCGUCCCCAUUGUUGCAUAGAUUGUGAAAUUAUUAUCGGGAUUCUACCAAGGCUAAAAAUCACAAUUAAUAAAAGAUGAAUCAUACUAAUGUAUUCCAUGCUGUUAUUAGUGUGUGAUACUUAGUACUGCCGGUCUCUAAAAACAUUAUUAUAAAUUGUACCGCACUAUGAUUUUUUUUAAAAA